GCGCCCUCCUCGGCGCGCGCCCCGCCCUCCACCCGCCCGCCCGCCGGCCCGCCCGUCCGUCAGGCAGGCAGCAGGCAGUCGGUCCGAGUGGUCGUGGGCUCUUCUCCUCUCCUGCGCGGCGUCCUUCUUCCUCCCUCCCGGUCAGCACCGGCGGCUGCACCGGUGGUGGCGCGGUCCCUGCGGGAGGCGCGGCAGGAGUUGCGCGGCGGCCGCGGAGCUUCCAGCCCAGCGCGGCGGAGGCCCGGCAGCCAACAUGGCGGCGGCGGCGGCGGCGGGCGCGGGCCCCGAGAUGGUCCGCGGGCAGGUGUUCGACGUGGGGCCGCGCUACACCAACCUCUCGUACAUCGGCGAGGGCGCCUACGGCAUGGUGUGCUCUGCUUAUGAUAAUGUCAACAAAGUUCGAGUAGCUAUCAAGAAAAUCAGUCCUUUUGAGCACCAGACCUACUGCCAGAGAACGCUGAGGGAGAUAAAAAUCUUACUGCGCUUCAGACAUGAGAACAUCAUUGGAAUCAAUGAUAUUAUUCGAGCGCCAACCAUCGAGCAAAUGAAAGAUGUAUAUAUAGUACAGGACCUCAUGGAAACAGAUCUUUACAAACUCUUGAAGACACAACACCUCAGCAACGACCACAUCUGCUAUUUUCUUUACCAGAUCCUCAGAGGGUUAAAAUACAUCCACUCAGCCAACGUUCUGCACCGUGACCUCAAGCCUUCCAACCUGCUGCUCAAUACCACCUGCGAUCUUAAGAUCUGCGACUUUGGCCUGGCCCGUGUUGCAGAUCCGGACCAUGAUCACACAGGGUUCCUGACAGAGUAUGUAGCCACACGUUGGUACAGGGCUCCGGAAAUUAUGUUGAAUUCCAAGGGCUAUACCAAGUCCAUCGAUAUUUGGUCUGUAGGCUGCAUUCUGGCAGAAAUGCUCUCCAACAGGCCCAUCUUUCCAGGGAAGCAUUAUCUCGACCAGCUGAACCACAUUCUGGGUAUUCUUGGAUCCCCAUCACAGGAAGACCUGAAUUGUAUAAUAAAUUUAAAAGCUAGAAACUAUUUGCUUUCUCUUCCACACAAAAAUAAGGUGCCAUGGAACAGGCUGUUCCCAAAUGCUGACUCCAAAGCUCUGGACUUACUGGACAAAAUGUUGACAUUCAACCCUCACAAGAGGAUUGAAGUGGAACAGGCUCUAGCCCACCCAUAUCUGGAGCAGUAUUAUGAUCCAAGUGACGAGCCCAUUGCUGAAGCACCAUUCAAGUUUGACAUGGAAUUGGAUGACUUGCCUAAGGAAAAGCUCAAAGAGCUCAUUUUUGAAGAGACUGCUAGAUUCCAGCCAGGAUACAGAUCUUAAAUUUGUCAGGACAAGGGCUCAGAGGACUGGACGUGCUCAGACAUCGGUGUUCUUCUUCCCAGUUCUUGACCCCUGGUCCUGCCUCCAGCCCAUCUCGGCUUAUCCACUUUGACUCCUUUGAGCCGUUCGGAGGGGCGGUUUCUGGUAGUUGUGGCUUUUAUGCUUUCAAAGAAUUCCUUCAGUCCAGAGAAUUACUCCUGGCAGCCCUGUGUGUGUCACCCACAGGUGACCUGCGGCAGUAUGUACUUUCAGUGCACCUACUGCUUACCGUUGCUUUAAUCACUAAUCGCUUUCUGGUUUGAAAGAUGCAGUGGUUCCUCCCUCUCCUGAAUCCUUUCCUACAUGACGCCCUGCUGGCCUGUGCAGCCACACCAGAGAGACUCUUUCCAGAUUGUCUUGAGUCACUGGCAUCUCACUAUAUGAUAGGGAAGGCUACUACCUAGGGCACUUUAAGUCAGUGACAGCCCCUUAUUUGCACUUCACCAUUGACCAUAACUGUUUCCCCGGAGCAGGAGCUUGUGGAAGUACCUUGGAAGACGUUGCAGCCUGCAGCAGGUGCUUCUGGCUGGGGAGUCCUUUGGGAGCACUUGUCAGCGUCUUUCCUCAUGUCAUAUGAUCACUAACAUAUUUAAGGUAUGCGCUAUUUGCCCAGCUUUUCGAAAAUCCAAUCAUUUUUCUAAAAGGAAGUGAUGUCAUUGUGUAGAUUUACUGUGGUUGCUUGUACCAUUUAUAGAGAUAUAGCACUGGCCACAACGUGUCAUGUGCAGCACUUGGUGUUUGCAAGACUUACACAAAAAGAUUUAAAGUGGCAGCUUUACUCCAUUUGGUGAAAGAUGUACAGAGGCCGCAGCCCUGAGCUGUGGGAAGUUUCCGGGAAUGUCCCAGGGUGGAGCUCCACAUGCCCAGUGCGCAUAUGCCCCCAAGCCACUUCACGCCUAUGCGGUCAGUAACCACAUCCGGAUGCCUGGGGAUUCAGCAGAGGGGAGCACUGCGUCUUUCAGUAAGAAAGUGUACAGUUCCUUUUCCUUCUACAGCAUGUCAGCAUCUCAAGUUCAUUUUUCAGCCUACAAUAUAACAAUUUGUAAUAAAGCCUUCACGAGCUCACGACAUGAAGCGCUGUUCUGUCCAAGUACUCUCAAAUGUUUCUGAUACUGCUGAGUAGGACCAUCAGAAAAGCUAGCACUAAGUCAUGAUGGAGUUCUGUCCAUAUUUUCUGAUCUCUACGUAUCUGUUCUGCCGCUGUGUGCUGUGGCGUUGACUCGGUGUUCUGUCCCAGUGCGGUGCCUCCUCCUGACUCCCCCACUGCUCUCUGUGGUGAGAAGUUUGCCUUGUUCAGUAAUUACUGUACCCUCGCAUGACUGUUACAGCUUUCUGUGCAGAGAUGACUGUCCAAGUGCCACACGCCUAUGAUUGAAAUGAAAAAUCUAUUGUUACCUCUGAGUUGUAUUCCACGAAAAAUGCUGUCCAGCAGCUCAUUUAGGAAAAAUUCUAUUUUUAGCUUUUCAUUUCUCAGCUGUCCUUUUCUUGUUUGAUUUUUGACAGCAGUGGAGAAUGGGUUAUAUAAAGAUUGCCUGCUGAUACGAACAGAAAUGCAUUUGUAAUUCAUGAUAAUAAAUGUACAUGUUCUAUCUUCACAUUCAUGUUAAGAUUUCAGUGUUGAUUUCCUCUGGAUCAGUGUGUCUGAAGGGACAGUCAGGUUCGGUUUGUGCUUAACACAGAAAUGCUCAUGGGCCUCACUUUGCCGCUCUCGGCACUGCCCCAGCACUUUGGUUUACAUAAGAUGAUUUAGAAACAUAUUUCUGUAGGGUCCUUUUUUCCUCUGCACCGGCAGAGAAUAAAUUCUGUCAUGUUCCUUUAUUCAAAUCAUGGUUCUUAAAUAUUCUGUCAAACCCUGAUAAAGAAGUCCAAACAUCCCAGGCUGGAUUCUCUCAUUCUCUCUAGAGGGUGUGCCCAUGUGCCUCAGAGCUGCUACUGGGCAGGGCCACCCCGCAGCACCUGGCCCACGCCACCCUGCGCAGGGCACUGGUGCUCACACCACAUGGGGCUGAAGAAGGAUGGCUGACUCAUCCUCAGCAAUCAGAACCACAUCUCAGUUCUUGCCCUGAAAUACAUCGUUUCCCUUCCACGCUCAAAGAGCUGCUGUGUAAAGGUCCACACAGCAUGGACAGGAGACAGAUCUGACUGUUAUCUGAUACAUUGAUAAGUCAGUUUUCAUUUUUAAAAGAGCAUUGACAGUUUUAUUACUUUUGUUUCUUUGUACUUUUUAAAUGGAAUGUUAGUAUUAUUAUGAGGCUAAUUUACAGUCUUCUUCUAAUUAGAAAAACACAGCUUUGGCUAAUAAUAGCUGGGGACUGUGAGCUCUUUCCUAUCCCCCUUGCUGGUACUGUGGAGUCAGGUUGGCAUGAAACCACUAACUGCAUUCUAGAAUUACUGUAGCCAUAAGUUGUGUGCUUUUUGUUGAUCAUGCCAAACAUAUUUUAACAGGUCAGAGCAUUGUCAUAACCAAGAAAUCUAUGAAAAGCACUAGCUGUUAUGUGUGAUGGACUCAUCAUUUUGGCUCUUCUUACAUUUGUAAAAAUGUGCAGAUUAGGUCAUCUAAAUUUAUCUUGGUGAUACCUCCAUUAUCAGUGUGCUCAAAUAAGCUUUCAGACUAAUGGCUUUUUUGAUGUCUUAAAAAUGUAAGCAAAAAAUUCCUGUUAAACAUUCCAGUUCAGUCAUUCAGAAUGAAACAAAUACCUAACAAGCCAGUGGGAUGGAUUUGAGAGAACUAGCAUGAGGACUCUGUUCUGACCCAAGUCUUCAAAGCUGACAGAGACAUGCAGACCAUCGUGGCAUCUCAGUGGAAGAAUUUCAUUCUUCUGUAUGUGCAGUACACAGGGCAUGGUGUGUUCACACUCAUUCACCCUCGUUCCUUCUGCUUUCGGGCACAGGCAAUGGGUGUGGAGGUAAGUGGUAGCUUUGAGAAGCUACUUGUGGCUUGCCAGUGGUUGUCUCUAAGGAAUCAGAAGGUAUCCUGCCCACGCUGCACGCCACAUCAUGUUCAGACCAUUCGGAGGAGACUGUUUAUCUUUAUUUGCUUAUGUGUUAAUAUGGUUUUUAAAUUGGUAACUUUUAUAUAGUAUGGUAACAGUAUGUUAAUACACACAUACAUAUGCACACAUGCUUUGGGUCCUUCCAUAAUACUUUUAUAUUUGUAAAUCAAUGUUUUGGAGCAAUCCCAAGUUUAAGGGAAAUAUUUUUGUAAAUGUAGUGGUUUUGAAAAUCCGAGCAAUCGUUUGCUUAUGCGUUUUUAAAGCAUUUGUGCUUUAAAAUUGUUAUGCCGGUGUUUGAAACACGAUACUCCUGUAGUGCAGAUGAGAAGCCGUAACAGUAAAUACGUGGUUUCUCUUCCUGUCAUCCACCUCGACACGACGGACAGGAAACGCAUGGGAAUCCAGAGCGAAUCCGCUAGGAUUGCACCAGGUUUUCCUGAUGCUUGUUGCCUUUUUUUGCGCUGUUUAUCCGUGUAGAGCACUCAAGAAAGUUCUGAAACUGCUUUGUAUCUGCUUUGUACUGUUGGUGCCUUCUUGGUAUUGUACCCCAAAAUUCUGCAUAGAUUAUUUAGUAUAAUGGUAAGUUAAAAAAAAAUGUUAAGGGAAGAUUUUAUUAAGAAUCCGAAUGUUUAUUCAUUAUAUUGUUACAAUUUAACAUUUAUUUGUGGUAUUUGUGAUUUGGUUAAUCUGUAUAAAAAUUGUAAGUAGAAAGGUUUAUAUUUCAUCUUAAUUCUUUUGAUGUUGUAAACGUACUUUUUAAAAGAUGGAUUAUUUGAAUGUUUAUGGCACCUGACUUGUAAGAAAAAAAACCUUAGAAUCAUUAAAUUGUGUCCCUGUAUUACCAAA